ACAAAGCUUAUGUCUGUUCCAAUAUGGCGGAUGAAAAUGAUUGAUUCUCGUGUUUCAGCCCUGCCGAGGACUAUAACUCGAAAAGGAACUGGAUUAGAAACACCGAAUUAUGGAUCAUCUUGUCAUAUCAAACUGAAGAUUUUUCCUCCGGAUGGUACAGUCCUUCACAAUGCUCAGAAGAAAGUCGUUAUAGGUGAAGGUGACAGUGAAGUAUCUGAGACCUUGGACAAAUGCCUUGAGUGUAUGCAUGCUCAGGAAAUCUGCUUGAUACCUUUUGACAACGAGGAUUUGUGCCAAGAGCUGGGUAUUGUCUAUGAAAGGGAUCUUAAAUGUGAAAUUGAGCUUCUUUCCUUCUCCAAGGCAAAAGAGCCUUGGGAAACUAUCCCAGAGGAUAAAAUGUCCCUUGCCAAACAUCACAAAGAAAAAGGAACAGAUUGUUUUAAGUCUGGAAACUGGACCAGCGCUGCAAGACGUUAUAGCCAAGCCCUCAAGCAGUUGAUCCUAAUAGAAGAUAAAUUGUCUGAACGAAAAGAAGAUCAAGAACAACUGAGAGCUACUUGUCUUCUCAACUUAUCUGCAUGCCAAGGAAAGCUUGGGCAGUAUGACUUUGUAGCACUAAACUGCACAAAGGUACUAAGUCUGUGGCCUACAAACGUUAAAGCUCUCUUCAGACGAGGACAGGCAUUUGUUAUCUUGAAUGAAUUCGAAAAGGCAAGAGAGGAUUUAGAGAAGGCUCUAACAUAUGACCCGUCCAACAGAGCAGUAAAAGAUCAAUUAAGAAUUCUCAAGCAGAAGGAACAGAAACACGAUGAAAAGUUAUCCAAUGCACUAGGUGUGAUGUUUGGACGCAACAUGUAACUGUCGAUUGGCAGGACUUUUUCCCACAAGAUUGGGAGAGUCCCUGAGAACACUACAGUUUGAUUUUCACUAUCCUUACCUACGCUGAAACGCAUUGCAUAGUAAAGAUCGGUAGUAACGCA